AUGUCUGAAAAACUUGUGGAAACUCCUGAUCAAGGGGUUGACAAAUAUUCCCAAAGUAACAAUAGUGAAGUGUCAGAUAAUUCAGGGUCAACAACAAAAAAUUCAAAUCCAUCUGAAAUUGACAAUAUCAAUGAUAUUUCCAAACCAAAUGAGAAAUCUGUCAUGCAAAAACUGUCGGAUGAAGUUGAUAUGAUUCAUGAUAACCCUGAUAAUAUCAACGACCUUAAUAAUAAUGAUAAUAUUAAUGACCUUAAUAACAAUAAUAAUAAUCAACUGAUUUCAAUAUUGGAACAGUCAUCUCCACAACAUAUUUUGCCAUAUAAACAAAAAUUAUCUUAUCGUCAGAAUAUUGAUUUUACAGGGAAUCAAAGUUCCGAAUUUGGAAAUAACAUGACACAGUAUUCAAUUUUGAGUGAUUCUGCACCAGGUGAAUCACUUCCUAAUACAUUUAAAAAUAAAACUCAUCCUAAUGCAAGAUCCAAAGAUUUGGGUGCUUCAAAAAUUAUGAAUGGUACAACCCCAGGAAUAGCAGUUGCUACAAGAAUUACGGAGGAAGAAACUUCAACUCAAUUACAGAACGAAUUGUCACAUAAUAAUGUUAGUAACAACAAUCCAGGGAAUUUUGCGGGGAUUUAUCCUCCUGGAUUACCAGAUGUUAAAUGGCCAUCGGAAGAAUUCAAAUCUCAAAUUUCUACACCUGGUAAAAUGGGAAUUCAGGGACCAAGUCCAUUCACAGAAUAUGAUUUGAACACAGGUAAUUCAGUGAUUCAUAAUUCCAAUAUACUGAAUAUGGAAGUACCUAAAUAUAGAGCUGCACACCUAGAAUAUGAGAACCAGAAGAAUAAUGAUGAAUUAGCAGGAAUAUUCCAACAUGUUGACCAAGAAGAAGAUCAAAUUAAUAAAGAACAAAAUUCUAUUUCAACCACUGUUUCAACACCAUAUCCAACUAUUAAUAAACAUCCAAGAGAUUUUCCUGGACCUAUGGAAACAGUAAGAGAAGUUAUUGCCAAUGGACCAAACAGAGACCUUUCAUCACCAUUGAAAUUAUAUCAUAAUUUUUAUAAUACUUUUACAAAAAAUCAAUUAGCAGAAGUAAUUGAAAAUGUCCGUUCAAAUAAAAAUACACCUGCACCUCCAUUAACUAGUGAACAAUCAGUACUGAAAAGAACAAGUCAUAGUUUAUCCAAGCCCCCAGUACUUAAUUUAAAUUCAACUAUUCUUAAUACCCCUGAUGCUAGAAACAUUAAAGAUUUCACCAAGACAGGUGCAUACAAUGAAAGAUCAUAUCUAAAGAAUGCUGAUAAAGUAUUUUCAGAUUUAAAGAAAAAGGGAUAUCCUGGUAUGACUGAUGGUGUACGAAUCACUUCUCAAGCGACAAAUACAUCCACUCCGAAAAAAGGUUUUGAUAUUGAUCAACAAAUCAAUUUUAAUAAUGAUCAAGAUCAAGACGAUUCAUCACCAUUUACUUCUUUUUCUACAGGAUCAACGGGUAUGAAAUCGGAUACAAGUGAGAUAAGAGACGCUCAUACUCAGGGGAUUGAUGCUAGCAGUGAAGAUCCUCAAAAUUAUACUUCAUAUUCAAGAGAAAGUGUGCUGCAAACUCGACUGAUGAUUCAUCAAAAUGAGAUUCCUGAACCAACUGAAGGAUCGUAUACAUUUGAUGAAGAAAGUGAAGACCUUGGUGAGGAUGGUGAUGAUGAUGUUCAUGAAAGUUUUGAAACAGAAAUUAUUCCUGUUGCCAAUCCAAAGAAAUAUUUUUCACCAGAACAAACAAAAAAUUAUAUUUCACCAGCAACAAGAGCACAUUUGAAUUCAGCUCAUAUAGUGCAGAAUAGAAUUCCAAUGUUUGAACAUGAGAAUUCUAAUCCGUUGGAAGAAUCCCGUGCAAGAAAAUCACCUGUUCUUGGGAGUCGUGCUAGUUCGAAUUCUGUGAUUUGGAAAUCAAUUUCACAAUUACAAUUGAAUAAAGGAGGCAAUUUCAAGCGUAAAGUAACUAAAGGAAGAGUUGAACCUAAUAUUGAAAUACCUUAUGAAAUUAAUGGCAAUGUGUUUGAUCCUGAAAAACAAGUUUGGAGAAGUAAAAACGAAUCUUUAAAUCAUACGACAUUUGCAUCUAUUCCAGAUUUAAUUGAUGAUUCUCAUCCAACAACUUCUACGAAUAUAGAUGCUCUGGUAAAACCAUCAAACCCACAACCACUACCUCAAGAUCAAGAUCAACCACAACCACAACCACAGCAAAGUAUACUUAAAAAGAAUAGAUCAAAAAGAGGAACUGAACCACUUGAGGUUUCAUUUCAUGAACCAGAUACUAGUUCAAGUUCAAUGCGAGCCACUCCUGCUGCUUUUGGUGAUGUAACAAGAGUUUCACAAAUUCAAGAAGUAUCAUUUUCGGAAUCUAACAAGAGACUUGUUUCUGUUAUUACUGAAACUUUAGAUAAUGAGUCAUUAUCAUGGAAAGACAUACGUGAAAUCAUGUUGGAUCAUUGUAAUUUAAAUAAUGUCAAAGGAUUGAAUACAUUGUUGCCAAGUUUAGUUAAAAUUGAUUUAUCUAAUAAUGAUAUAAAAUAUUUAACAGGAUUACCUCGUCAAGUGAUGCAAUUGGAUUUAAGUAAUAAUAGAAUUGAAGGUAUUACUCCUUUCAGUGAUUACCACGAUUUGACAGAAUUGAAUUUAGAUAAUAAUCAACUAACUGUGGUUACUAAUCUUAGCCAGAAUAUUCAUUUAACUAGUCUAAGUUUGCAUAAUAACAAAAUUAGUAAUCUUUCAGGAUUAGGAGAAUUUUUCAAUCUUCGAGUUUUAAAUCUACUGGAAAAUGAAAUUCAAGGAAAAGUUAAUUUUAAUGAUGUUAAUUUGCCAAAUUUGGAAAUGUUGGAUCUUUCAAAUAAUCACAUACAACAUAUUACAGGAUUAAGUCAUUUACCAAAACUCAAGGUUUUAGAGUUGGACAAUAAUUCCUUGUUUAAAUUUGAAAGUAAAAGUUCUAGUUUAGUUAAAUUACUGAUGAGAUUCAACAUUAUUAGAUAUUUAGAUGUGUCAAACUUGCCACUAUUGAGAUGUUUAAAAAUUGAUCAAAAUGUAAUUUCAGAGGUAGAUGGGAUUAAAAAAUUAAAGGCACUUGAUGAAAUUUCAUGUAAAUCGCAAGAAAGUAGCGAAACAUUAGUUAAAAUACUUUAUGGUUGUGAAAAUGUCAAGAAAUUGGAUUUAUCAGGUAAUCGUCAUUUUUUCAAUAUAAUCCCUAAAUCGAAAUUCAUGAGCAAUUUCCCAUAUGUUACUCAUCUUACAUUAUCUGCCAUGAAUUUAGAAUCUAUUCCAAAUGAUUUAGCAUUGAAAUUUCCUAAUGUACAGAAUUUAAAUUUGAGUUUUAAUAAGUUGACUGAUUUAUCAGGGUUGGAAAAUUUCACCAAACUUAAGAAAAUUUAUCUUGUUGAUAAUUUAAUAGAUGGACAUGGUAUUAUAAUGAAGGGAUUACGUGGAUCAAGAAAUAGUUUAAAAGUAUUGGAUGCAAGAUUAAAUCCAUGUACCAAAGAUUUAUAUCCAUAUGUUUUCUCAUCAGAUGAAAAGGAUGCAACAAAUCUUGAUAUAGUUAGAGGUGAAGAUAUUCAGAGCUUUUUGGUUAAUUAUAAAGAAUUAGAUCAUUCUGGACUUUGGACAAACAGAGAUAAGAGCUUUUUAAUUGAUUUGAUAAACCAAGAUGGAAAUGAAUUACUUAAUGCGAGAGAUAUCUUUGAAUGUUUUAUUGUUGUUUAUUUUUACAAAAUGGUUAAAUUAAAUGGUAGUUUGAUUGAAGAUAUAAGAAGAAAAGUAUUGUUUGAUUUAUACCAAAGUAUGUAA